UUGCCCAUUUUUCCGGCUUUAGGAAGAGUUUUUGUGUUCAGCGAUGUUUCUUAUUGUUUAACCUCAUCAACUGCAGAAAAACACAAGUAUCAUCAAAAUGAGCAAUGUGGGCUACGACCUGAUCCAGAGUGUCCGCAAGGUCCACCUGGCCCACCGGGAGAUGAUGGCAGCGAUGGAGAAAAUGGCACUGAUGGUUUGCCUGGAGUCAAUGGAAAGAACAGUGACGAUUACAUCAAGUGUGUGCAGUGCCCGGGGGGCCCGCCGGGUCCUCCAGGACCACGUGGACCUGCUGGAAAAGAUGGUCCAGAUGGGUUAGAUGGUGUGCCAGGAAUACCAGGUGUGGGCGGUGUAGGUCACCCUGGACCCGAAGGAGCGAAAGGCAAGAUGGGAUCUCAAGGUUUACCCGGAAACCCUGGUCCCAGAGGUGCACAGGGCAAAGAAGGCGAAAGUGGUGAACAGGGAGCUGUUGGAGCAGCGGGUAAGCCCGGAGCGACUGGAAAGCCUGGUAAGCGAGGUAAGACUGGACGACGCGGGAAGAAGGGUAGACGAGCUUUUGAUCCUCACUAUUGUGAGUGCCCUACGAGAACAAAAGGACAUUUGGGCAAGUUCAUAAUUGGCGCGAAAUCAAAUGGAACAGAAGUUGAUCAAUAUCCAAAGGGUCUUGAAUUUCAUUGA